AACAGGAACCGCUAAAUUGGCCGAUUUUUUUAAUAUCUUGCACUUUUUAUAUUCAAAAUCGUUAUGGAAGUUGCGUAGCAGAGGCACCGAAAGCAUUCUGUAGUUGUUCCCCGAGUUUCCGUUGAUUUUCCGAGUGAAACUCGUACUGUUUGUCUUCACGGUGUCUGGUGUAUUUGUCCUCGUCCUCGAUCGAAUCAGUCGCAGAGUCCUCAGACCUCAUACCAUGGCCGGAAACAGCACCAAUGAGAGCCAGGAGCUCCGGACUGGGCUUUCGCAACUACUGAACUCGGAAGAUAUUGAUAUGGGUUUGCACAUGGUAGAGAUCGAUGGAUCGGUGUUAUCGACGUUUGUAGAUCGUGUGAUCGAUGAUUCCGUAUCUUCGUUGAGCCAGGAUUUGUUCAACGAAUCAACGGUCGAGCAGGUGGUGCUGCGUGAAUCAAAGAACCUGACCGGUAAACCACCGUCAGUUGAAGAGCUGUUGAUCCCAGGUGUUUUCUUCACAGUGGAAUUGCCGGGCGAUCAAUCCGCCUCGAGCGCUGGUUGGGUGUACUCGGACAAGCUGAAGAAGCUGUUCGUCAAACUCGAGGGCUCCUGCGCGUUUACUGUGAAGGUGGAGUGUGACUCAAACUCUCCGGCGCCGAACUGGUACGUUCGUGCCAUGCUCGUCUUCACCUUGCCAGAAUUCAACCAUAUACCCAUCCAGCGCUGUCACAAUCACCGAGCUAAAGAUGCUCCAGAGGACGCCGACUUAAGUAUGCACGUAAUUCGGUGCCAGAAUGGGGGCACGCAAUACGUUGGCCGGGAUGGUGGAGCUCUGUUUGAGGAACGGUGUGCCGUGCGAGUGACGCUCGAGGACAACAACGCGACUCUUGCGCUACAGUUCAUGUGCCAGAACUCGUGCUUCAAGCCAGCGAAACUGACGGGAAUCGUAUUCACGCUGGAAGAUACGUAUGGUAACGUAUAUGGUCGACGCACGAUGUCGCUGAAAAUCUGUACCAACUACCGGCGAGACAAGCUAAACGAGGAAAAUUCUCUUCGGUCUGGAAAAACACCAACGAAAACCCUCGAUCGUAGCAGACCGUACAAACGGAAUCGUACCGCAGGCGGAACAGUAGGCACGAGUCAGGCGGUAAUCCCUAGCGGAAAGGUUAGGGUGAAGCAAGAGAGAGUUUCUAUAGAACCAUGUCGCAUUAGUUUGACUCUACCGAGCCCACGGGUGGCGAAACGGGUUUUCGAGGCGGCCAUUGGCUUGAUCUCGAAUGCAGUAUUAAGAGCGGAUAAUGAGCAAGAUAAAGCGACACUUAUGACGUACAUACAAACCAUCCGGGAAGAACGGAGCUGCUCCCUGGACGGAUGCAGCCAGGACAGCGAGAUCCUAUAGAGGCCGGAAGAUAUCAAGGAUAGAAGAAGCUAGGAUACCGUUAAA